AGUCUAGCUACGCCCACAGACACCGAGCCGCGUUUCCGCGUGUAUUGGCCCUGCCGAGCAUCCGUAGUGGUUCUGUCCUGGACUCCUGCUUCUCCCACGUGUUGAAGCCGGAUGCAGAGUGCUCGCAGGACAGAGCCACGCUGAGGAUACAGUGUCUGCCCAGUCACCCUUUAUCUUAUGGCUGCUGCACCUAAUAAAGAUGGUUUGUCUCAGCCCCCUGAUACUAAAGAGACAAGAAAGGCAUGUGCCCUCCAAGAGGAGCCUGGGGCUGUGGAGGAAAAUGGACACACUGCCAAAAGAUUUAAACCUGACCAUGAGGAACAGAGCAAAAAAACGCCGAAAAGGAAGGUGGUCCUACUAAUGGCCUAUUCAGGGAAAGGUUAUCAUGGAAUGCAGAGAAAUGUGGGAUCCUCCCAGUUCAAAACAAUUGAAGAUGAACUAGUCCAGGCACUUGUAGGGGCUGGCUGUAUCCCAGAGAAUCAUGCUGAAGAAAUGAAAAAGAUGUCUUUUCAGCGGUGUGCUCGGACAGACAAGGGUGUUUCGGCUGCAGGGCAAGUGGUGUCAUUAAAGAUCUGGUUGAUAGACAACGUAGUAGAAAAGAUUAAUGAACACCUUCCAUCACACAUCAGGAUUUUGGGAUUAAAGAGGGUGACGGGACGUUUCAACUCAAAGAACUCAUGUGACGCUCGCACUUAUUCAUACACUCUGCCAACCUUUGCCUUCUUGCACAAGGACCAUGAAACACAAGAAGACAGCUUUCGGCUGAGCCAGGAAACCCUGGGCAGGGUUAAUGAGCUGCUUGCUCUUUACAAGGGCACCCACAAUUUCCACAACUUUACCUCUCAGAAGGGACCAUGGGACCCCAGCGCGAAACGUUACAUCAUGGAGAUGCAUUGUGAGCCACCUUUCCAGCAAGGUGGUUUAGAGCUUGCUGUAAUUAAGGUGAAAGGACAGAGCUUCAUGAUGCAUCAAAUUCGCAAGAUGAUUGGUUUGGUUAUUGCAGUGGUAAAAGGCUAUGCUCCCAUGUCCGUCAUUGAGCGUAGCUGGGAAGAAGAAAAAGUAGACAUACCAAAAGCACCUGGUUUAGGCCUAGUAUUGGAAAAGGUUCACUUUGAGAAGUACAAUAGACGUUUUGGUAAUGAUGGACUCCAUGAAUCCUUGGAUUGGGCAGAAGAAGAAUCUAAAAUUGAGUCAUUUAAGAAAGAGCAUAUUUACCCCACCAUCAUACAAACCGAAAUACAGGAAAAGUCAAUGUCCACUUGGCUUACCACAUUGCCCAUACAUGACUAUGAUGCGUCGUCAACACAGAACACAGGCAACCACAAGGGUGAAGCUGCAGUACAAGCUGUUAGCGAUGAAGAGGGAGGCUCUGACUAAACAUCAAAGACUGAUGAAUAAGAUAAUCUGCCCUUGAAUGAAAAGGCUGUUGUGAUAGCUACAAGACUAUAAACUGUCUGCAUGAAAAUAUACACCUCUCCAAUGCACAGUACUACUGGUCUUGUGAACAGAGGGUUUUUUUUUUUUUUGGACCUACUACACAUGAAAGAAAUUGUC